AUGGCGUUCGACUUGCCCUUCAAACUCACCAACCCUGACCUCCUCAGGACUGAUGCCUACGUCCACGGGUCUUGGGUGACGGCAUCGUCGAAGAAGAGAUUCGACAUCGAAGACCCAGGGACCGGCAAGAUCUUCGCCUCGAGCCCGGAUUUUGACCGCUCCGACGUCGACGCCGUCGUGACGUCGGCCCACGAGGCCUUCCAGACCUACCGGCUCGAGAACCCGAGGGCGCGGGCGAAGAAGCUCCUCGAGUGGGACCGGCUCAUCCGCGAGAACAGAGACGACAUCGCGCUGGUGCUGACCCACGAGUCCGGGAAGCCUCUGGCCGAGGCGCAGGGCGAGCUCGACUAUGCUCUGGGCUUCACCUGGUGGUUCGCCGGCGAGGCCGAGCGCAUCCGAGGCAACAUAUCGACACCGUCCGCACCCAACAGGAGGGUGUUGGUCGUGAAACAGCCCAUCGGCGUGGCGGUGGCCCUCGUUCCUUGGAACUUCCCCAUCGCCAUGAUUCUCCGAAAGGCCGGCGCCGCUCUCGCAGCGGGCUGCACCAUGGUCGCGAAGCCCUCCCCCGAGACGCCGCUGACGUGCCUCAUCCUCGCACAUCUGGCCACCAAAGCCGGCUUCGGCCCCGGCGUGUUCAACGUCGUCACGACCUCUCUGGAAAACACCCCGAAGGUCGCCGAGGCGCUCUGCAAGCACCCGCUGACGAAGAAGGUGUCGUUCACGGGGUCCACGAACAUCGGCAGCCUGAUCGCCAAGCACUGCGCCGAAGGCCUCAAGAAGCUCACGCUGGAGCUCGGCGGGAACUGCCCCUUCAUCGUCUUCGAUGACUGCAACCAGGAGCAGGCCCUCGAGCACCUGCUCGCGCUGAAAUGGAGACACGCGGGCCAGGCGUGCAUCACCGCGAACCGCGUGUACGUCCAGGACGGCAUCUACGAGGAGUUCCUCGAGAAGCUGGUCGAGCGUACCGGGAAGAUCAAGAUGGGACACGGCGCCGAGCCCGGCACCACCAUGGGCCCUCUGACGACGCCCCGCGCCAUCCCCAAAGCGCAAGCGCACGUCAAGGAUGCCGUGGCGGCGGGCGCCAAGGUCGUGUGCGGUGGCCGAGCGGGAGCGGAGGUCGGGCUGGAGGCCGGUUACUUCCACGAGCCCACGAUCCUGCGCGACGUGGAGCAGUCGAUGCUCAUCAGCCGGGAGGAGACCUUCGCCCCCGUCCUCGGGGUGUACCGCUUCUCGACCGAGGACGAGGCCGUCCGGUGGGCCAACGACACGAGCAUGGGUCUCGCGAGCUACUUCUUCACCAAGAACGUCGACCGCACGUGGCGCCUGAUGGAGAACCUGGAGGCGGGCAUGAUUGGGAUGAACACCGGGAACUCGUCGGCGGCGGAGUCGCCCUUUGGUGGCAUGAAGCUCUCCGGGUACGGAAAGGAGUCCGGGAAGGACGUGGCGGUGGAGGAGUACCUCGUUUCCAAGACGGUCACCAUGACUUUGGAGGAUCACUACUAA